AUGGAAACAGACGAAGAACCACCCAACGGAGGUUAUGGCUGGGUCUGCACGGUUGCAGGCGCGGUAUCCAUGGCGCACUCCUGGGGAUUCAAUUCCGCCUACGCGGUAUUCCUCGCUUACUACCUGGACAACGGCAGUUUCAAAGGCGCAUCGCGGCUCGAUUACGCCUUUGUCGGCUCCCUAAGCCUGACAGCAACGUUUAUGGUCUCUCCAAUUGCGACUGCGAUCACGCACCGAUUCGGCAUUCGCAAGACCAUGUUCAUCGGGACGAUCUUGGAGACGGCAAGCCUGCUGUGUGCCAGUGCGGCAUCGCAGAUCUGGCACCUCUUCCUUACACAGGGCGUUUUGUUCGGCCUCGGGAUGGGGAUGUUGUUCAUCCCUGUCGCGUCUGUGGUGCCACAGUGGUUUACGACGAAGCGGUCGUUGGCGGCGGGGAUCUCUGUCUCCGGCGCAGGGAUUGGAGGUCUCGUCUACUCGCUGGCGACAGAGGCCGCGAUCCGAAAUCUGGGGCUCGUCUGGACAUUCAGGGUGCUGGGGAUUCUCGCAUUCACGCAUGACGAACGAGAAGCGGACAAACCCAGAGCCAACGUGGCCUUGGAACUGGGCCUUCUCAAGAACAGCAACUUCCUCCUCCUCAUCGGCUUCGGCGUCUUCACCAUCUUGGGCUAUUUCAUCCUCAUCUUCAGCCUGGCCCAUUACGGGACCGAAAUCGGUCUCACGCCAUCCCAUGCAUCGCUCAUCAGCGGGCUCUUCAACCUCGGCCAGGCCAUCGGGCGCCCCCUGGUUGGGUAUUUCAGCGACAGCGUCGGCCGGAUCACCAUCGCCGGCGCAACGACCUUCGUCGCUGGUGCGAUCUGUCUCGCCGUCUGGGUGAACGCGCAUAGCUUCGGAGUGUUGGUAUUCUUCGCCAUUGCCGAGGGCCUUGUGGCUGGGAACUUCUGGGCGACGAUUGCGCCGUUGGUGGCGGAGGUUCUUGGGAUAGACAAGGUGCCCUCGGGGAUGAAUCUGGUGUGGUUGAGCAUUGUUGUUCCUUCGACCUUCUCGCAGCCGAUUGCGCUGGUGCUGACGGAGGCGACGGGGAGUUUUCUGGCCUCUCAGCUGUUUACUGGGCUCAUGUAUAUAGCUGCGGCUGCGUGUUUGGGGUGGCUCUUCCUACGGAUGAGGAGGCACGCGAGGGGAGGGUCUGUUUAG